ACUGACAUUCCAAAACCAGAAGCAGGGGGAGAACAGACUGAACAGGCUGCACAGUAGACUUUCGUCCUCGCCGACCUGCAGUCACUUCCUGUUUCUUCCUGUUCAGUGAGGAACGAGAGAAAAGGAACCUUUACAUUUUAGCCGUCGCUCAGCCUUUGACCUUUGACCUCUGAUCCUCCCUAACCCCUAAAAGAUUAUUCAUCCACAGUGUGCAACUAAACCUCAUUAACCAAUAGAAACCAUCCUCAUCGUCCCUCCUGUUGCCAUGGUUACACUGCCUCAUACUCCACUCAUCGUACACACACUGAUGUCAGUUUCUAACACUCAGAAAUGGAUCUAAUAUGCAAAAACACUCAGCUGAUUGGUCAGUGUGAGAUGACAUCACCCAAGCCGAGUGUUUGAUCCCACCAAUAUCAUACAAGCUCCGCCCCUCCUGUCAAUAACCAGGCUAACUCCGCCUCCUGACAGACAACCUUUUAAAUGCAUGUUGCUUUACUGACACACUUAAAAUACUAGAAAACACACACACACACCCACUAAUAAUCCUUCCUGUAGUUCACACACACACUUCACACACCGCAGUCUGUGUUGCUAAUAUUAACUGACUUCUUCUUUUACAAAACAACAGAAGUUAAAUAAAAAUAAGUUUGAAAACCA